CAGAACACGAGUAAAAAAUCCAAAUUCCAUUACUCAUACUAGUAGCACCGUCUUCUUCACGACGGUUCGAGAGUUUUUGUUUUUGUUGUUGUUUUACUAUUGACCCUGUUGCAGUAAACCCAACGAAACUAAGCAGCAGCCCACUAGAAUGACGAGAAGGCAGCCAGCGGACGGUGAAAUUUCUUCACGGCAGAAAUCGAUUUGACUCCUCGAGAGUAUGUUGGCAUCAAAGACGGGACGAAGAAGUUCUUUGUUUCUCCGGCUCGAUGCCAGAAGGAUUCCGGGGUCGUUCUCCAUCUGUGCCAGAAGGUGGUUUUCGGUGAAGGAACUCUCUUGGUGCGCCCCGAAAGGUUCUCCGACCCGCCGCCCGGCCCGCUACCGGGGUUCGGAAGACAAAGACGACCGCAGCGACGAGGCGGCAACGAAAGCAAACCAAACCCUACGCGACCCCCGCGAGCGGACCCCCCCAUCCAGCAAGGCCCUCCCAAUCGGCGCCUUUGGCAUUGUGGCCGCGGUCUGCAGCCCCGCGUACGGCACCGAACGCACCAAUAGCAGCGGGAUUAUCGGGGUGAACGGCAGGCUGCCGUGGGGGUCCCUCCCCAGAGACCGAGCCCUGUUCGAGCGCCUCACCCGGAACCGCAUCCUCGUCGUUGGACGCCGCACGCUCCUGGACGAGCGGGACGGUGCCCUCGAUCACGUGCGCCACGCGAAACACUGCAUCGUGGUGUCCGGGUCGAUUUCUUGCACGGAGAGCGAUCCCCGAAUCGCCCGCCAUCSCGAGGAGCACGGGCUCGGUCUCGAGGUCGCCGGGUCCCUCGACGAGGCACUGUGUAUCGCCCGGACCCUGGCAGCGAAAGACGACGAAGAGCGCAGGGGUGGUACCGACGACCCCGGCGGCCGCGGUGCGCCAACCUUUCGGGCUUCGGAUGGAAACGGGAAGGGCGAGGAACCCAUCGAACCACCKAUGGGGGUUUCCCUUUCGACCGAUUCCAUUCCGUGCUGGGUUGCGGGGGGAGAACGGCUGUACGAAGAGGCGCUGAAGCACGGGUCGGCGCUCGAGCUCCACCUCUCGGUCGUCGAUUUCGAGGUAGACCUGACUGCUCCGGCCGUGAAGAAGGUGGCCAGGUUUCCAGCGAAAUACCGAUGGGACCACAACUACGAACCCGUUGCGGAGACUCUAUUUCCACCAAACCACGGGGAUUCAGGCCAAGAGUCGGCCAAGGAACCGGGUUUCGCCUAUCGCGUGUACAACCGGAUCCUUCGAAAGAAACCKUGACGGGAGAAGAAUCGAUCCCUGCCAGGGCUCGGUCAACGCUGCAAUUCUGUGCACUGCAAAUACGUGCACGGUGCAACGGAUCGGAGAGCUUUCCACUAUUCUUCCACGAACGGUAGGGGAACGGUGUCUAGAAUUUCACAGCCCUUCCGCUACGGCACAUCGGACGCCAAGAAGCACGGCCCAGCGGUGCUUGUUGCAGUCGGUUGAUCUCUGUGAACAAGCACACGUCCACUACAGGAGACAACGCCAUAAGCUUCGAAAACAGAAAAAAUCCAUGCGGAUUCUUCUUCUCUGUCCUUUUGGGAGAGGUCUUGCCGAUUUCGCCACUGCCAUUAUAAUAGUAGCAUGGCGGUAGCGGAGACAGCAGAUGCACAACAACAACAAGAAACACCAGAUAAACGUAGUACCAGCUGCAACGAGAAGAAACGAAAACGUCCUCCUGCAAUCCCUGUCGCUUCUACUACUAGUUGUCUUCUUAUACUACUAGUAGUAGUACUUGCACUAAUAUUAUGUUAGUGCUAGUUGGAUAAUCUAAAACAGUACUGCAAUUAACUCCGUCUUAUGGU